AUGCUCUCUUUCAAACUUGGUCUCUACCUUCUUAUUGCAUCUGUCUUUGCCCUCCACCUUCUUCCUGGUCCAGUGGUCUGUGAUGACAAGGAGAAGGAUCUGCUUCAUGACAUAAACAUAUACAGAAAAGUUUUGAACCUUCCUGUUCUGGAUGAGAAUGAGGAGGCUUCUUGCUUAGCCGAGGAGAUCGCAGAAGAUCUAGCGGACACGCACUGCGAAGUGUUUCAUGACUACUACCCCACGCCUGGUGCCAACCCCAAAAUUCCCAACUUCCAAAAGAACGUAGAGAAAUGCCACAUCAACAUCAACACCACCACAGAAGGGGUCAUCAUGCCUCUCUGUGUCCACAAGUUGGACCGCGAUGAUCUGUUUUCCAAUUUCAGCAGAUCUAAUCGCUUCACAAAGUACCUCAAGCAAUCAAAGUAUAAAAUUGCAGGGGUUGGUUCCGAACAUGAUUGGAUGGUUCUUAUUAUCAGCACCAACUCUUCUUCCGGAGAUUUCUCCUCUGCAUCUUCUCUGCUCCGUCUCCCUUCCAACCCUCACUUCCUCAUGCUCGCAUUCUUCUUCACCACCCUCCUUCUUUUCUCCAACUAA